CGGAAACUACACGAGGGGCCCACAGCAAAGGUCUUUCUUGCACAUGCGAAACGCCACAUCGAGAAGGCCACCCCAGUAAUGAUCAUCGAGAAUGUGCAGGAGCAGCAUUUCGGACAUGUUAGGGAGCUGAACAUGGAAAUGGUGCGACUGAUUUAUGGAAAGUGGUAUGACAUCUUCGAGCUCUUCGUAGAUCCGGAGGACUUGGGACAUUUGGGGGCAUCGCGGGCGCGCUUGUACCUGAUACUUGCCCACAAGCACAAAGUUGUCCAGAAAUUCGACUGCCGCAAGAUGUAUGAGAAGAUAUCCUUGGCUAUGAAAGCCUUGGUCCAAACGAGGCCCUCUGACUACUACGUGGCCGAACCAACCGAUUUGAAGCUCGAAGCUGAAAGAGUGGCAAGGGUGCGCAAAAUUCAUUUCAGUAAGGUGCAGUACCUGGACUACCUGCUCAAUACAAGGGAACGCGCUGCCCUGAACUUUGUCAAGUCGCACUAUCAGAAGAAGUUCAACAGGGACCCCAUGCUGGACAAGAACCUCAUAGUGUUUUUAGGAGACAAUCCGAAGAAGCGUAUGCGCUGGUCCGGAAGCAGUGGCAGGAUCCCGACUCUCCGCUUAAAUGCGGGGAAGAUGUUCAUUGUCUCGGAAAGGAGAUGGCUCUGUGGGCGCGAAAAAUUAGCGACUCUUGGAUUUCCCGUCUCGGCGAGUACUGCCUUGAGUAUGGGAGUCCCAAGACUUCCGGUGAGCGAUUGCGGCCGAGCAGGGUCGAUCGCCGGCAACUGUAUGCACUUUGCCUGCGUUCUGGUGGUCCAGAUGAUCACCUUGUGUUGUUUCUCAAGGAUCGAUUAA